ACGACGCGGAAGUUUGAAGGUGGUCCCUGGGAACGUGUGCCCGGCUGCCGGCGGAUCGGCCCUUCCUGGCGCCCGCAUAGGGACCUCGCGGCCCUGGCCCGGGAGCCCGCGUUGUGGCGUCAAGGGACCCCGGCCGGGCUCGCUCUCAGGGCCUCCGUAACGCCCCGGAAUCUGUGACCAGACCGAGGCUACGAACCCGAGAGAGACGCCUGGGAGUUUGGGGUCCCGUAGGCCCCGGCGUUCUGUGGGGAGAGCGGGCUUAGCUGGGUGCUGAGUGCGGUCCGUGCCCCUCCCGAGAGCCCCUCCUUCGGGGGUCCCCGGGCUGUGGGAGGAGGUGGGGGGGCUCCAUUCCCCCACACCUGAGCGGUUCUCUCAAAGGGGGAGAGAGAGCUUCCCCGGCCCAAGUCACAGAGGGAGGACCCCCGACGGACAGGGGACCUGGGCGUCCCUGCAGGGGCCCGGCCCAGGAAGCAGCCUUGCAGGAAGCCCGCGCAGCCUGGCCUUGGGGUGGAGCGGGUCUUACUUCCUCUCAGCCCAGUCUCCCGGGCGGAGCACCCCUCUUCCCCCUUCCCAUCUGAGCCUGAGUAUCUCUGGAGCUUGUUCCCCUGGACAGAUGGACCUCUGACCUCGUGACCCGAGAGCCAAGUUUUAGCACCCCUGGGCCCGAGGCUCAGGGACCUCGAGGAUGGAGAGGGACCUACAGCCGCGGGGCUUGGGUCUGCUCAGACAGUGCACUCCGAGAGCAGGACGUGGCCAGACCCUCAACCCUGCCCUGGUGGCGGCGCCUCUGCCCCACUCGCGUCCCUCCGCCCUUCACCAGAGAGGCCAGGCCUUACAUUUGCUGGGCCUCGCUGCAAGCUCUCCCGGCCUGUCGCAUGGGCAGCACCCUGGUGAAGCCCCGCUUUGCAGAGGAGAGACCGGGGCCAAAGGGCGGCAGCUGAGGCUACAUGUGCGGGUCUGUGUCCUGAAAGUCGUCUCUUCUACCUCAUAACACCGCCUGCUGUGUUUGUCUUAUUCGUUGGAAAGAAGGAUCCUGCUGCCUAGAAAUCCUUGAAAACUACAGAUAUUGUUCAUGGGCUUGAGCUGAAGAGGUGGCCAUGGUCAUGGCCGUUCUGGGUAGAGCAGGCUCGAGGGGCAGCCAGUUCCUCAUCCUGCUCUCCUCUCCUGCCUGGGCUGCACGGACACUCCUCAUGCUCUGUACCUUUGGUGCUGCCUUGCGCCCCGUUUUGCAGUGCCCAGCACCUCUGGGAAUGUCCCAGAGCAGGAAUGUGAUCACGUUUUUCACCUGACUUCUGCCAGACUUGGCACAGAUGCAGGUUCCCCUGCCUUCCCUACUUCCCACUCUGCUAAAAAAGUCUGGGAGUUCUGCUGAGACUGACACCUGGCAUCAUCCCGUCAAGCUGACCCUCGGUGGGUGCCCAGCACCAUCCCAUCCAUGCUGAGCAAGUGUCAGUGAGCAUGCUCUCUCAGCUGUUCCCACAGGCAGCUUUGGUCACCCUGGCUCUGAAGUUCAAGGGAAGCAGCCCGGGUUGGCACCCCCCAGCUCUGGGGGGUCAGGAGUGGACUCCCCGGCUCCUCUCAAUGAACUGGAAGGAAGCCGCGGGUUGAUGUUGGUCUCCUCCACCUCUCCGGCUUGGAGACCUGCCCUGCCACCCUGUGUUGCUCAGUGGGUCACAUCACUGCUCAAGAGCCAGGGGCUGUGGAGGACAGAGGGGUGUCCUAGCCCAGUGCAGAGACCCCAUGAGGGGCAGCACGGGGCCUCCUGAUGCUGCAGGAGGGGCCACGGGAGGGAAGAUAGUGAUGCACCAUCACCCCAGUGACACCAGGGGUGAGUUCACAGGAGCCCCAGGCACGUGUGUAGGGCUUGGGCUCCCUCCCAUCCUAGCAAAUGGCAUCACGCCUCAGCAGCUCCCUAGUGGAUGGCGCUGCAGGGCAUCAGGAGGAAAACAGGUGGAUAUCUGUUCUGGGCAGCGGCCCGGCGUGUCUGCGUCUGGAGGAAGGCUGUGUCAUGGCUUCCUGCUCGCCCAUCUCCAUGCACGCAAACCUGAAGCAGGGGAUUCUGCCUCACACUGACUACCUCCACGCCCAAGCUUCUCAAGAAAGUCACCCUUUGGAAUUAAAUACACCUUGACUCUCUAGGGCCUGCUGCCCAUCGCCAGUUCCUCUCCUCUCCACAUUUUAGCAAGAAAGGCGGCAUGUUCUGGAGCUUUCUGGGACCUGGCUAUUCCUAAAGAGGGGGCUACAGAGAGGCCUGAGCUUGUGAGGCCCAAGCCACAUGGCUCCCCUGACUACUGUCUGCCUCCCUUUGGGGCAAACUGAAGGCCCUGUGUCCCCCGUGAAACCUGUUUUAUGAGGUGAGAGGUCACCAGGCUGCUCCACCACCACUUGGCAUACAGAAGUGCCAAAAAUCGAGAGUGCCCGUCGGUGCUUUUCUCUUACUGCUAGAAGUAGUAAUCACCGUUAAAUGGGAUGGGAUCUGGGGGCUGGAAGCAAAUCCCCAGAGUGCAUGUCUCAGCUGGCUCCCAGCUGCCUGGUCCAAGGCCCCUGGCCAUUCCUGGGCCAUCGAGGUUUCCCUGACAACACCAUCCUAGAGAACAACUUCCUUUUUCAUGACCAACUGAGGUGGCGUAUGACUCCAAAGACGAGGAAGGGCAAGGAGUGAACCCACUCCCCUGGAGGCAGCCCUGGGACCCUCAUGAGCUCCUCAGGGUUGCGAGUGGUUCUGAGAGGCCCACCUCUGCUCCCGCCCUGAAGGGGAGGCCUUGGACAUGGAGCAAGUCCAGCCAUGGGCACCGGCCAUUUGGGACCAGGGUCAGCAGGCAACUCAGUGGCGAGGAGCCCAGCACGUGACCAAGAAGGGCCACUGCCUCAAGGCACGUGUGGAAGGGCGACGUGGAGCUGGGCGCGUCUCUUCUCGAGCUGACAGGAAGUGCUGGGUGCACUUGGACCCUGCCUUUUGGCGCUGUGCCUGGCUCUCGGGUGGUUUGGGGCGACCUUCAGCAGAGCCUUCCCAGCCCGCCUGUCAGGUCCGCACUGUCAGGUGUUUGCUCCACUGGGCUGGCCCAGCAGGCAACAGAUGGCCGGGCUCUGUUCUCCUGAGGGUGACGCCCGGCCACCCCGUCUCCCGUGUGGGCACUGCCCUGUCUCCAUGCUCCGCCUCGCCUUCUACCGGCCGCGUGUGACCAGGCCCGGCUCUCAGCACGGCCGCUGCGGGGGCCAUGGGGAGCUCUGCCUCCUCGCUGGCCACCGAGACAGAGUCGGACCACGGCUUCCCUGGGGGGCCUCCCUACCCGGGGCCUCCGGCAGCUGCCAGCUGGUGUAGGAGCGGCCCUGGGGUGCCUGUCUGGGGCGGCACACUGGUCACCCGGCAGCACCUGCCCCCACGCCCUCGGGCCCGAAGCCACACGCGCUCGUCCGGGCCCAUGGCCGCGGCUGGAGAGUGGUCCUGCACGCGCUGCACCUUUCUGAACCCGGCCAGCCGGCGCCAGUGCUCCAUCUGCGAGGCUCCUCGGCACAAGCCUGACCUUGAGCAGAUCCUGCGGCUCAGUGUGGAGGAGCAGAAAUGGCCUUGUGCCCGCUGCACGUUCCGCAACCUUCUGGGCACAGGGGCCUGCGAGGUGUGUGGCUUUGCCCCAGAGCCCGUGUCCGGCACUUCCCCACUGCCUGUCAUCAACGGGGUCCAGCCCAAGCCACCCGCUGUCCUGGUGGAGCCCAAGGGCAGCUGCAAGGAAGAAGCAGGUCCUGUGCAGACAGCGGGGCUGGCAGCCCUGGAGCCAGCCAGGGGGCAGCCCGAGGAGGAGAAGGGGGCAGCAGAGCCCGGGGGUGGCUGGGCCUGCCAGCGCUGCACGCUGCACAACACGCCUGUGGCCAGCUCCUGCUCUGCCUGUGGGGGCCCCCGGAAACUCUCGCUGCCCAGGAUUCCUCCUGAGGCCCUGGUAGUCCCUGAAGUUGUGGCCCCUGCAGGCUUCCAUGUCAUCCCUGCCCCACCCCAGUCUGGGGAGGGCAUGGAAGCCGACCCUCCCUCUGCCACUGACCAGGAGCCCCCCCGAGUACCGUCCUUCAGCCCUUUCUCACCCACCCUGCAGAACAACCCUGUGCCUCGCAGCCGCCGCGAGGUCCCCCCCCAGCUGCAGCCACCUGUGCCUGAGGCCGCCAAGCCCUCAUCCUCUGCAGGCCCCAAGGGGACCCCGCAGGGCCUGGGGCCAAUGGCAGCCGGGGCCCCCUGCCUGGCAGAGCUUCUGUCAAGCAAGCGGCUGAGCAUGCUGGAGGAGGAGGCGCCCCAGGCCAGCCCCACGCUGCGUCGGUGCAGCUCCUGCUCCGCACCCAGCCCCGGGAGCCCUGCCUGCUGUGGAGCCUGCGGCGCCUCGCCGGGCAGCGAUGCCAUUGACCUGGCCGGCGACACGGUGCGCUACACACCAGCCAGCCCUUCCAGUCCCGACUUCACCACCUGGUCCUGCGCCAAGUGCACCCUCAAGAACCCCACUGUGGCGCCCAGGUGCACAGCGUGUGGCUGCUGCAAGCUGCAUGGCUUCCAGGAGCACUGUGAACCCCCUGCCCGCUGUCCGGAUGGCAGCGCCGACAAGCCCGGCCCCUGCCCUGCCCACAAGGCCAGCAGCCUGUUCCCCACAGCACCGGACCGCAUGGGCCAGUGGGCGUGCCCCGCCUGCACUCUGCUCAACGCGCCGCGUGCCAAGCACUGUGCUGCCUGCCACACGCCCCAAGUGCUGGUGGCCCAGUGCCGGGGAGCCGCGCCCCUGAGGCGCAGGGCGAGCGUGCACGUGGAGAAGCGGAGGCAGACGGACGAGGGCGAGGCCACCGCACUCUGGGAGAGCAUCGUGGCCUUCUGCCGCGAGAACAGCGUGAACUUUGUGGAUGACAGCUUCCCCCCCGGGCCCGAGUCUGUAGGCUUCCCUGCGGGUGACGGCGUCCAGCAGCGUGUGCGACAGUGGCUUCGGCCACACGAGAUCAACUGCUCUGUCUUCAGGGACCAUGGAACCUCGUGGUCUGUGUUCCACACUCUCCGGCCCUCAGACAUCCUGCAGGGGCUGCUCGGGAAUUGCUGGUUCCUGAGUGCACUGGCUGUGCUGGCAGAGCGCCCUGACCUGGUCGAGCAGGUGAUGGUCACGCGCAGCCUGUGUGCAGAGGGCGCCUACCAGGUGCGGCUCUGCAAGGACGGCACGUGGACUACGGUGCUGGUGGACGACAUGCUGCCCUGUGAUGAGGCCGGCUUUCUCCUCUUCUCACAGGCUCAGCGGAAGCAGCUGUGGGUGGCCCUCAUCGAGAAGGCGCUGGCCAAGCUGCACGGCUCCUACUUUGCCCUCCAGGCAGGGCGCGCCAUCGAAGGCCUGGCCACGCUCACCGGCGCCCCCUGUGAGAGUCUGGCGCUGCAGGUCAGCUCCACUAACCCCCGCGAGGAACCCGUUGACACUGACCUCAUCUGGGCCAAAAUGCUGAGUUCUAAGGAGGCUGGGUUCCUCAUGGGCGCUUCGUGUGGUGGAGGCAACAUGAAGGUGGAUGACGCCACCUAUGAGGGCCUGGGCCUGCGUCCCCGCCAUGCCUACUCCAUUCUCGACGUACGAGAUGUCCAGGGCUCCAGGCUGCUGCGCCUCCGGAACCCCUGGGGCCGCUUCUCCUGGAAUGGCAGCUGGUCGGACGAGUGGCCUCACUGGCCGGGGAAUCUGCGUGGCGAGCUCAUGCCGCAUGGCAGCAGCGAGGGUGUCUUCUGGAUGGAGUACGGUGACUUCAUCAGGUACUUCGACUCGGUGGACAUCUGUAAGGCGCACUCGGACUGGCAGGAGGCCAGGGUGCAGGGCUGCUUCCCUCGCUCGGCCAGCGGGCCUGUGGGGGUGACUGCGCUCACCGUGCUGGAGCGCGCGUCCCUGGAGUUCGCCCUGUUCCAGGAGGGCAGCAGGCGCUCCGACUCGGUGGACAGCCACCUCCUGGACCUGUGCGUGCUGGUAUUCCGUGCGUCCUUUGGCAGCGGCGGCCGCCUGAGCCUGGGCCGUCUCCUGGCGCACAGCAAGCGUGCGGUCAAGAAGUUCGUCAACUGUGACGUCAUGCUGGAGCCCGGCGAGUACGCCGUGGUGUGCUGUGCCUUCAACCACUGGAGCCCGGGCGCGCCAGGCGCCCCGGCGCAGGCCUCCAGUCCCACCGCGGGCGCCCCACGCUGUGCCCUGCAGCCGCCAGGUCACGUGCUGGCCGUGUACAGCUCCAGGCUGGUCAUGGUGGAGCCCGUGGAGGCCCAGCCGACCACACUGGCGGACGCCAUCAUCCUGCUCACGGAGAGUCGGGGGGAGCGGCACGAGGGGCGUGAGGGCAUGACCUGCUACUACCUGACGCACGGCUGGGCGGGGCUCAUCGUGGUGGUGGAGAACCGGCACCCCAAGGCCUACCUGCACGUGCAGUGCGACUGCUCGGACAGCUUCAACGUGGUGUCCACGCGGGGCAGCCUGCGCACCCAGGACAGUGUGCCGCCCCUGCACAGCCACCUCCCCCAGGCAGGUCCUGGUGAUCCUGUCCCAACUGGAGGGCAACGCUGGCUUCUCCAUCACCCACCGCCUGGCACACCGCAAGGCGGCCCAGGCCUUCCUCAGCGACUGGACCGCCUCCAGGGGCACCCACAGCCCCCCACUCACUCCCGAGGUCGCUGGCCUACAUGGGCCCCGGCCGCUGUGACUGCCCCUCCCUCACCUGCCCGCCCCCUACACGCACUUUACCAGGGAGACUCCAGCAGAGGACGCUUGAACCAGAAUCUCAGGACCCCGCCCGGGGAGCCGCUGGGUGCUGGUGCAGCCCCCCUGGGCCUUCCUCCCUGCCCCACCUCCUGCCCAGAGCCUCCACCGCCCGCGGAAUACCUCUAGCCUGCGCCUCUGGCGCUCUGACUGGCUGGCCUCGGGUCGGGUUCAGACUGCCAGGCCGAGGUGAGGCCGCCCCUUCCUGGUGAGCCUCCUGCCUCGGGGCGGCAGCCAAAAGCUCCAUUCACAAACCAAAUCUGGGCUGGCACAAGGCCAGGGCCCCGGGAGGAGAGCAGAGACCACCCCCUUUGUGGGGGUCAGAGACCAGGACCCCAGGUAACAGCAGGGACUACCCCUGUGAGGGGGUCACACCAGGACCCCAAGGUGAGCAGGGACCACCUGUAUGAGGGGCACAAAGUCAGGGAGGGUCCUUCUCUCCCCAGCUUGCCCCCCAGAGCCCAUCUCCCCACCCCCCAACAAGGCAAGCAGGGCUCCUGGGGUUCCCAGCCAUGUGUCUUAGGCGGCAUGGGCUUGGGGCCGGGGAUGGGGUGGGUCCCAACUGCCUCUCUGGCCACACUAUGCAAUUCCUGGAGUGCCCACCAGGAUCGAAGCCAUGCCUGGGGUCUGCAGGCCCAGGUAGCAAGCAGGUCAGGACCUACAGGUUGGGCCCCGGCCCAGCCGUGCUGUUGGUGAGGUGGUUUGUCCUUAGCAUCACCUGACCUCUGCCAGGAGGACUAGGGUCCAACAGAAACCUUUGGCCAGCCCUGUCCUGGCGCACACAGGCGCAGCCCCUCUCGGGCCUGCUUCAGAAGCCCAGGAAGCUGGGCAGCCGCUGGCUGUCGUCCCUGCCGCUUGGCUGAGCCGGGGCUGUGUCAGUGUCUGCCUGCAGAUGUCUGAGGCCGGCUUCCUGGGGUGCUGCCCAGGCUCACUGCCCUGCAGCCCCCAGGUGGCAGGCGGCCUGCCCACGUGCCCUCCCUUCCUGUGGGGCUUGCAGGGGAUUUUACACCUGGGGAAAACCGGGAAGCACUACACUCCCCUUGGGCCUCCUUUAUGUCGCCUCCUGUUACUCCGAGCUGUGAAUAUUUUUAACCCUGUACAUGCGGCCAGCUCUUCUGACAGAGACUCUUUUGUCGGUCGUCAGGCCCUGUCCCUAAGGGAUGACUCCAUGGGUGUUUCCAGACUCAGGCUCCGAUGGACCAAAUAAAAAUGCUGUUUUGUAA